GGCUGUGGCCCCGGACGGCAGCGGGAGGCCGAGGCGGGAGCGCGCAGGGCUGAGGCGGCGGCGGCGGCGGCGGGAAGGGGCCGGGAGGCGGAGCGGGCGGGAGGCUGGAGAGGCUCCCCCCGCGGGACGGGCGCAGGGACGGCUCCGGGGGGCGGGGGCGGGGGCCGGGGCCCGAGCCGGCUCGCUCGGGGGGUAUGAUGACCCGGCGGCGGGGCCCCGGAUCUCGUCUCCUCCGCCGCCUCCUCACGGUAGCCCCAGCUCGCGGCUGAGAACCAGACACACCGGCGGUAUGGCAUCACAGCUGCAGGUGUUUUCCCCCCCAUCAGUGUCGUCGAGUGCCUUCUGCAGUGCGAAGAAACUGAAAAUAGAGCCCUCUGGCUGGGAUGUUUCAGGACAGAGCAGCAACGACAAAUAUUAUACCCACAGCAAAACCCUCCCAGCUACACAAGGGCAAGCCAACUCCUCUCACCAGGUAGCAAAUUUCAAUAUUCCUGCUUACGACCAGGGUCUCCUCCUUCCGGCUCCUGCAGUGGAGCAUAUUGUUGUAACAGCAGCUGAUAGCUCUGGCAGUGCAGCUACAUCAACCUUCCAGAACAGCCAGACCCUGACUCACAGAAGCAACGUUUCUUUGCUUGAGCCAUAUCAAAAAUGUGGAUUGAAAAGAAAAAGUGAGGAAGUUGACAGCAACGGUAGCGUGCAGAUCAUAGAAGAACAUCCCCCUCUCAUGCUGCAAAACAGAACUGUGGUGGGUGCUGCUGCCACAACCACCACUGUGACCACAAAGAGUAGCAGUUCUAGCGGAGAAGGGGAUUAUCAGCUGGUCCAGCAUGAAAUCCUUUGCUCUAUGACCAACAGCUAUGAAGUCUUGGAGUUCCUAGGCCGGGGGACAUUUGGACAGGUGGCUAAGUGCUGGAAGCGGAGCACCAAGGAAAUUGUGGCUAUUAAAAUCUUAAAGAACCACCCCUCCUAUGCCAGACAAGGACAGAUUGAAGUGAGCAUCCUUUCUCGCCUAAGCAGUGAAAAUGCAGAUGAGUAUAAUUUUGUCCGUUCUUAUGAGUGCUUUCAGCAUAAGAACCAUACCUGCCUUGUGUUUGAGAUGUUGGAGCAGAACUUAUACGAUUUUCUGAAGCAGAACAAGUUUAGCCCACUGCCACUCAAGUACAUCAGACCAAUCUUGCAGCAGGUGGCCACAGCCCUGAUGAAGCUCAAGAGUCUUGGUCUGAUUCACGCUGACCUUAAGCCUGAAAACAUAAUGCUUGUCGAUCCAGUUCGCCAACCCUACCGAGUGAAGGUCAUUGACUUUGGUUCUGCUAGUCACGUUUCCAAAGCUGUGUGUUCAACCUACCUACAGUCACGUUACUACAGAGCCCCUGAAAUUAUUCUUGGAUUACCAUUUUGUGAAGCUAUUGAUAUGUGGUCAUUGGGCUGUGUAAUAGCUGAGCUGUUCCUGGGAUGGCCUCUUUAUCCUGGUGCUUCAGAAUAUGAUCAGAUUCGUUACAUUUCACAAACGCAAGGCCUGCCCGCUGAAUAUCUUCUCAGUGCUGGAACAAAAACAACCAGGUUUUUCAACAGAGAUCCUAAUUUGGGUUAUCCACUGUGGAGGCUUAAGACACCUGAAGAACACGAAUUGGAGACUGGAAUAAAAUCAAAAGAAGCUCGGAAGUACAUUUUUAACUGUUUGGAUGACAUGGCUCAGGUGAAUAUGUCUACUGACUUAGAGGGAACAGACAUGUUGGCAGAGAAGGCAGAUAGAAGAGAAUACAUUGAUCUGUUAAAAAAAAUGCUAACAAUUGAUGCAGAUAAGAGAAUUACUCCUCUGAAAACUCUUAACCAUCAGUUUGUGACAAUGACUCACCUUCUGGAUUUUCCACAUAGCAAUCAUGUUAAAUCUUGUUUCCAGAACAUGGAGAUCUGCAAGCGGAGGGUUCACAUGUAUGAUACAGUGAGUCAGAUCAAGAGUCCCUUCACUACACAUGUUGCACCAAAUACAAGCACAAACCUAACCAUGAGCUUCAGCAACCAGCUCAAUGCAGUGCACAAUCAGGCCAGUGUUCUAGCUUCCAGUUCUACUGCAGCAGCUGCUACUCUUUCUCUGGCUAAUUCAGACGUCUCAUUACUAAACUACCAGUCAGCUUUGUACCCAUCAUCUGCUGCACCAGUUCCUGGAGUUGCACAGCAGGGUGUUUCCUUGCAGCCUGGAACAACUCAGAUAUGCACACAGACGGAUCCAUUCCAACAAACAUUUAUAGUAUGUCCACCUGCUUUUCAAACUGGCCUGCAAGCAACAACAAAGCAUUCUGGAUUCCCUGUGAGGAUGGAUAAUGCUGUGCCAAUUGUUCCCCAGGCGCCAGCUGCUCAGCCGCUACAGAUACAGUCAGGAGUUCUUACACAGGGAAGCUGUACACCACUAAUGGUAGCAACUCUCCACCCUCAAGUAGCCACCAUCACACCGCAGUAUGCGGUGCCCUUUACUCUGAGCUGCGCAGCCGGCCGGCCGGCGCUGGUUGAACAGACUGCUGCUGUACUGCAAGCUUGGCCUGGUGGAACUCAACAAAUUCUCCUGCCUUCAACUUGGCAACAGUUGCCUGGGGUAGCACUACACAACUCUGUCCAGCCCACAGCGGUGAUUCCAGAGUCCAUGGGGAGUGGUCAGCAGUUAGCAGACUGGAGGAAUGCCCACUCUCAUGGUAACCAGUACAGCACUAUCAUGCAGCAGCCAUCCUUGCUGACUAACCAUGUGACAUUGGCCACUGCUCAGCCCCUGAAUGUUGGUGUUGCUCAUGUUGUAAGACAACAAUCCAGUUCCCUCCCUUCAAAGAAGAAUAAGCAGUCUACUUCAGUCUCUUCUAAAUCCUCUCUGGAUGUUCUUCCUUCCCAAGUUUAUUCUUUGGUUGGGAGCAGUCCUCUCCGUACCACAUCUUAUAAUUCCCUAGUCCCUGUCCAAGAUCAGCAUCAGCCGAUCAUCAUUCCAGAUACUCCCAGCCCUCCUGUGAGUGUCAUCACUAUCCGUAGUGACACUGAUGAGGAAGAAGACAACAAAUAUAAGCCCAAUAGCUCUGGCCUGAAGCCGAGGUCUAAUGUCAUCAGUUAUGUCACUGUCAAUGAUUCUCCAGACUCUGACUCCUCCUUGAGCAGCCCAUAUUCCACUGAUACCCUGAGUGCUCUUCGGGGCAAUAGUGGGCCGCUGCUGGAGGGGCCUGGUAGAGUUGUGGCAGAUGGCACUGGCACCCGUACCAUCAUUGUACCUCCAAUGAAAACUCAGCUUGGUGACUGCACUGUAGCAACACAGGCCUCAGGUCUCCUAAGCAGUAAGACCAAGCCAGUGGCCUCAGUGAGUGGGCAGUCAUCUGGAUGCUGUAUCACCCCUACAGGCUAUCGAGCGCAACGCGGGGGGACCAGCGCAGCACAGCCACUCAACCUGAGCCAGAACCAGCAGUCAUCGUCAGCUCCAACCUCGCAGGAGAGAAGCAGCAACCCUGCUCCCCGCAGGCAGCAGGCAUUUGUGGCCCCGCUCUCCCAAGCCCCCUACGCCUUCCAGCAUGGCAGCCCACUGCACUCGACGGGGCACCCACACCUGGCCCCGGCCCCUGCUCACCUGCCAAGCCAGCCUCACCUGUAUACGUAUGCUGCCCCCACCUCUGCUGCUGCAUUGGGCUCCACCAGCUCCAUUGCUCAUCUUUUCUCCCCGCAGGGCUCCUCAAGGCAUGCUGCAGCCUACACCACCCACCCUAGCACAUUGGUGCACCAGGUCCCUGUCAGUGUUGGGCCUAGCCUCCUCACUUCUGCCAGUGUGGCCCCUGCUCAGUACCAACACCAAUUUGCCACCCAGUCCUACAUUGGGUCUUCCCGAGGCUCAACAAUUUACACUGGAUACCCGCUGAGUCCUACCAAGAUCAGCCAGUAUUCUUAUUUGUAGUUGGUGAGCAUGAGGGAGGAGGGUUCAUGGCUGCCUGCUCCUGGCCCUGAGUUCUAAAUAAUGGGCUGUGGUAAGCACCUCCUUUUACCCUGUCUUGAAACUCCUUAGCCAGCAACUUGUUCUGCAGGGGCCCACUGAAGCAGAAGGCUUUUCUCUGGGGAACCUGUCUCAGUGUUGACUGCAUUGUUGUAGUCUCCCAGUUUGCCCUAUUUUUAAUUCUUUAUUUUUAUGACAGCAUUUUUGGUAUUUGGAAGAGUUCAGAAACCCAUCCUCUGCAGUUACCAAGGAAGAGAGAUCAUUCUGAAGUUUCCCUUUGAAAAAUUUUUGUCUCUCUGACUUGAUUUCUAUAAACACAUUUGAAAAUAAGUGAAGCCCCUCUUUAUUUAACUUUGUUUUAUUGCCAUUACUGGUCAGAAGGAAAAUACAGAUAGAGGGAUUUGAAAUAUGGUAACAAAUGAGAGAAGAAGAAUUAUUAUUUUUUGUUUAAAAACCAAAACUUAAUUGCCUGUUUUAUAUUCAGAGCAGCUUAUGCAAGUCCACAUUUUACUGUCAGGCAUUUCUCCUCAAAAAAAGUUUACCUUUGUUUAUGGGACAUUUAAAUUUGCAGUGUUUUAUUUUGUUUUUAUGUCAAAUUAUACUUAAAGGACAACUUUUUAAUUUUUGCAAAACCAGUUAUGUGUUUUGCAGUUCUCUUAGUUGCUUCUGCGUUUAUUACAAAGUGAUGUUAAAAAGUAGCUCACCACCUGCUGGUAACUCAGUGUGAGAGAAUCAGUGCCCACCUUGAAAGUACCAAGUAUUCUAUGCUUUUAAAUGAAACACCAUGAAUUUUUUUUCUAAAAAUUUUAAAAAAUUCCUCUAUGAUCCAACUUGCAUUUUAUUACUAGAAAAGCCAUGAAGGUGGUGAUUAUUGUAUGGUAGUUGUCUUACUAUAUGCAAAAUCUCUUUCUCUUAUGAGAUACUGGUAUGGUGAGCUGUGCCUACAGGUUGUUGGUGUUGAUGAACUUGGCCUAAAGAUCACUAUGAAUUUUCAAUAAUACGCCUCUGUGUUUUCCUCAUCUCUCCCUUAUGUUUUAUGUGAUUUAUUUGGGGAGAAGCUAAAGGAUCUGAAACCAGAUGAGAACGUUGUUGUGUAUAGCUUUUAUACUUUAAAGUAGCUUCCUUUGUAUGCCAGCAGCAAAUUGAAUGCUCUCUUAUUAAGACUUAUAUAAUAAGUGCAUGUAGGAAUUGCAAAAAAAUAUUUUAAAAGUUUAUUACUGAAUUUAAAAAUAUUUUAGAAGUUUUGUAAUGGUGGUGUUUUAAUAUUUUGCAUAAUUAAAUAUGUACAUAUUGAUUAGAAAAAUAUAACAAGCAAUUUUUCCUGCUAACCCAAAAUGUUAUUUGUAAUCAAAUGUGUAGUGAUUACACUUGAAUUGUGUAUUUAGUGUGUAUCUGAUCCUCCAGUGUUACCCCGGAGAUGGAAUUAAUGUCUCCAUUGUAUUUAAACCAAAAUGAACUGAUACUUGUUGGAAUGUAUGUGAACUAAUUGCAAUUAUAUUAGAGCAUAUUACUGUAGUGCUGAAUGAGCAGGGGCAUUGCCUGCAAGGAGAGGAGACCCUUGGAAUUGUUUUGCACAGGUGUGUCUGGUGAGGAGUUGUUCAGUGUGUGUCUCUUCCUUCCCUUUCUCCUCCCUUCCCUUAUUGUAGUGCCUUAUAUGAUAAAGUAGUGGUUAAUAGAGUUUACAGUGAGCUUGCCUUAGGAUGGACCAGCAAGCCCCCGUGGACCCUAAGCUGUUCACUGGGAUUUAUCAGAACAGAAUUAGUAGCUGUGUUGUGUAAAUGCAUUGUUCUCAGUUUCCCUGCCAACAUUGAAAAAUAAAAACAGCAGCUUUUCUUCUUUACCACCACCCCUAUCCCUUUACAUUUUGGAUUCUUAGCUGAGUUCUCACAGAAGCAUUUUCCCCACGUGGCUCUCUCACUGUGCAUUGCUACCUUGUUUCUGUGAGAAUUCAGGAAGCAGGCGCAAGGAAGUCAAGCCAAUAUUAAUAUGCAUUUCUUCUCUUUUUUCUUUUUAAAAAUAUGUGCAAUCACUUUUAGAAAAAGAUUUUUUUUUUCCUUUUCCCAUGUGGCAGUCCUUCCUGCAGAUAGUUGACAUUGCUAGUAAAAUAUUUGCUUGUUGAAAAAAACAUGUAACAGAUGUGUUUAUACCAAAGAGCCUGUUGUAUUGCCUACCAUGUCCCCAUACUAUGAGGAGGAGUUUUUGUCAUGCUGUGCUGGUGACAAGAAACUCAACAGAAAGGUUUCUUAGCCGGUGAAGAAUAUUAAGAAAGCAUCAAAGCCUGUUGAGUCAUUGAGACUUCUGAGGUUUCUUUUUAACAACUUUUAUAUUCUUGGGGCCCUUCAAGCUGUGAAAUUGUCCUAGUACUCUCAGCUCCUCCUCGGAUCUGGGUCAAAUAGAGAAGGUACUGGGGACGGGGACUUUCCUGCCCAUAAAGGAUUUGGGGGAAGAAGGUUAACCCUAAGAUACAGAUGUGUUCCAUCUGAAUUGAAAAUGAUAUUUGAGGGAUAAUUCUAGGACUGGUUUUAUUUAGAGAGAUGGUGUCAAGGAGGUGCAGGAUGGAGAUGGGAGAUUUCAUGGAGCCUGGUCAGCCAACUCUGAACCAGGUUGAACAUCGAGGAGCUGUCAAAGUAUUUGGAGUUUCUUCCUCAUAGGGAGUAAGGGCUUCUAAGAUGGGGCAGGUAGUCAGUACAGCCUACCCAGGAACAUGUUGUGUUUUCCGUACUUUUUUUUUUUUUUUUUAUCAUUGUAUUGAGUUGUAUGUUCACUAUAUUGGUCAAGACAACCAAGCAGUUUGUGUAGUUUGUCACUAGUGUUAUACAGUUUUCUGGUCAGUGUGUGUCACCUUUUGUGUCUCCCUUUUGCCAAGCACAUUCUGAUGUUCUUUAAAAUGCAGGUCUGGUUUCUAAUGGAAACACAUUUUAUUCCUUAUCUUUCCUGAACAAGGGACAAGAUUGGUUGUUUUUGUGAUGAGAUGAAGGGGGGGAAACAAACCCCACACUCCUGUCUCCAAGUCUAAUGAGUAGAUGCCAUUAAGAUAGGAGUCUUAACUCCAUGGGAAAAGAUAACACCCAAGAGUUUAUUGUGGUCACCUGACUAGCAGUUGUGUGGCUUUAAAAACCUUAGAGAUUUUCAGUCUUAGUCUGCAACUGACCUUUCAGAUUUGCCAAGAUCAAAAUCCACCUGUGUCUGCUGAAUGUGUAUGUGCUCCAUGUGGCUUUACAUUCUGUCCCUGGGGCUUAAUAUGGCUGGCCCUGACAGCAUGGGGGAAGCGUUGUGAAUGUAGUAAGCAGCUGGCCUGGGUCACCAUGGCCUGACCUCAAACCAGCUUAAGGCUUUAAGUCCUUAAGUCCUCUCAGAACUUGCACUUCCAGCUUCUCCCCUUCCUGGUGAGAGAGGAAGUGUGGGGAAGGGUUAGGUAGAGCCAGGGAGGCUCAUCGGGACACUUGAUCGCUCUGGAGUUUUAAAUAGCUCUCAGGAGGUGAUGCCACUGUCAGUGUUCAGCUGAAAUGCCAACCCCACAAAUCAGAACUUCAUUUUCAAACAGUUCUGGCCAUUCUCAGCCUGCUUUUGUGAUUGCUCAUCCAUCCUCCUCCACUAGAGGGGCUAAGCUCGACUGCCCUUAACCAGGCAAGCACAGUCUUGUGUGUUUUAUUCAGCAUUGUUAUGCAGAAAUCCACUAGUUGAGAUGGUUUGUUUUAGAAUAGGAAAUGAAGUUGCCUCUCAGUGAAAGGAAUGGCCCGAGCCUGCUUCCUAUUUUGAUUUUUCUUUUAAACUGAUGGAUGGUGCAGCAUGUCUACAUGGUUGUUUGUUGCUAAACUUUAUAUAAUGUGUGGUUUCAAUUCAGCUUGAAAAAUAAUCUCACUACAUGUAGCAGUACAUUAUAUGUACAUUAUAUGUGAUGUUAGUAUUUCUGCUUUGAAUCCUUGAUAUUGCAGUGGAAUUCCUACUUUAUUAAAUGUAUUUGAUAUGCUAGUUAUUGUGCGCGAUUUUAAACUUUUUUUUGCUUUCUCCCUUUUCUGGUUGUGCACUUCCUUUUACAACAAGCCUCUAGAAACAGAUAGUCUCUGAGAAUUACUGAGCUGUUUGUGAUGCAGAUGUACUUAGGGAGUAUGUAAAAUAAUCAUUUUAACAAAAGAAAUAGAUAUUUAAAAUUUAAUACUAACUCCGGGAAAAGGGUCCAUUGUGUAAAACAUAGUUUAUCUUUGGAUUCAAUGUUUGUCUUUGGUUUUACAAAGUAGCUUGUAUUUUCAGUAUUUUCUACAUAAUAUGGUAAAAUGUAGAGCAAUUGCAAUGCAUCAAUAAAAUGGGUAAAUUUUCUGAUUCA